AUGCUUCUCACUGUGACCAGUCGUAACGUAUUGCUUCCUGAUUCUGAUCUGCCACGACCUGCGACGAUCAAUGUUGACAUCAGGACUGGCAAAAUAAUAGAGGUCCGCCUGCAGUACAUUGGCAAUGGGGCGUGCAGGAAAAACGGGGAUCUUCACUUCGUUGAUGCUGGAGAUAAAGUUGUUCUUCCUGGGCUGGUCGACGCUCAUGUUCAUCUAGAGGAACCCGGAAACCAAGACUGGGAAGGCUUUUGGACCGGCACACAAGCCGCAGCUGCUGGAGGCGUCACCACUCUAAUUGAUAUGCCUGUCGAUUCAAGUCCGCCCACCACCACAUCUAGGAAUCUUCAUAUCAAACGUCGUUCUGCUCGUGGACAGUGUUGGGUAGAUGUUGGAUUUUGGGGAGGAGCAAUUCCUCAGAAUGAAACCGAAUUAGGGCCCCUCUUAUCCGCUGGCGUCAAAGGCUUCAAGUGCUUUUUAAUUGAUACGGGCAUUGAGGAAUUCCCUUGCGUUUCUGAGAGCGACCUUCAUAAGCACAUGUCCCAUCUCCAGCAUUUUUCAAAGAACUCUGUCAUGAUUUUCCACGCGGAAAUGCAGACCGCUUCUUCACCAGCCCGACGCCAGCUUAAUCCAAGGUCAUACCAGGAAUUUCUCUCCUCGCGCCCUAAGGAGCUUGAGGUAGAUGCUAUCACUCUCAUUGCUCGCCUUCAAGCAACGUACCCCUCAGUUUCCUGUCACGUAGCCCAUCUAUCGGCCGCAGCCGCCUUACCCAUCAUCCGUGCUGCCAAGGACCGCGGAUCAAAGCUUUCCGUUGAAACUUGUUUUCACUAUCUAUGUUUAUCAGCAGAGGACAUCCCGGAUGGUGCAACCGAGUACAAAUGUACCCCUCCGAUUCGCGAGGACUCUAACAGAAAUCUCCUUUGGGACGCUCUUGUGGAUGGUACCAUUGAUUGUGUAAUCUCCGAUCACAGUCCUUGUCUCGUUGAGAUGAAGGGGCUUGAACAUGGCAAUUUCAUGGAAGCCUGGGGUGGUGUCAGUUCUCUAGGCCUUGGACUAAGCCUUCUAUGGACGGAAGGAAGGAAGCGAGGCAUCUCACUUGGGCAGAUCGUCCGUUGGAUGAGCAUCAAAACUGCUGAGUUAGCGGGACUGUCAGAUACAAAGGGCCAGUUGAAAGUGGGACAUGAUGGCGAUUUAGUGAUAUUGGAUCCGGAAUCGGAAUUCAAGGUCUCAAAAGAACAUUUGUAUUUCAAGAACAAGCUCACCCCAUAUGAAGGCAUGACUUUGAGAGGCCUCGUGCACAAAACAUUUGUCCGUGGUAGAUUGGCUUACGAUUCGGCACUUCAAGAUGGUUGUACAGGUCUUCAACCUUCCGGAGAGCUGCUAUAG